GAGGCCGGACGCCCUUCAGCCGCCGCAUCCGCGGACGUGCGCGCACCGCUGGAGGCAGUCGAGCUGCAGACCGAGGGGUUGGUUUUGGAGGAACUCCGGCUGAUGUUCGCGGCGGCGGAGAGGGGAGAGACGAGAGCUGGGUGGGCAUGACAUCUGAGCCAAGUCUGCACGGAUACAACAGAUACCCAAAGUAUGUCUGCGGCAGGGGCGGGUCGAUGCUCUGAGGGACUUGACACAGGUGAAUGAGCACGGCUGCGGAUCCUGCUGGGCUCUUUGUCUCCUCGUUCUUGAUUCCCCUCUCCGCGGCAGCUGUAGCUCCCCGUGCCCGCUUCACCCUGCGUCGCUCCGGCAGGCGUCAAGGCGCAGCAGGCAGGAGAGGGACGGAGCAAGCGCCGCCGCUGUUUGAGCAACUAUCCGACACGCGGCUGCCGCGCAGCAUAACGUGACGGCGUUUACCGGGAGACCGCAGAGACUGAGACACGCGGGAGGGGACACUAUGUCAAAGGAGACGAGAGGAAGAGGUUCAUCACGAAAGCACAGCGCCUCUCAUUGGUGUCUGCAGAAUAUCGCACAAGAAUCAGUUGACAGCUCCGAUGAGGAGUUCUUUGAUGCCAGAGCAGAUGUUAUGGAGGGGAAGAGCGCCAUUUUGCUGGGCAUGAGUCAGUGGAACUCGAAUGACCUGGUGGAGCAGAUCGAAACUCUGGGACACAUGGAAGACCAGUCACAUGAGGGUCUCUACCAGCUGGGUGGUCCACGCUGUGCCCCUCAGAGCAGCAUUGAAGGACUGGAAGACACAGAGAGGAAAUGUAAGACACAUGUGUUGCUGCUCGUGGUGCAUGGGGGAAACAUCUUGGACACAGCAGGCGGAGACCCCAGCACAAAGGCUGGCGAUGUGGCCACUCUGGCCUCAGUGCUGGAGAAGGUGACGCGGGCACAUUUCCAGGCUGCUGCAGAACACGUGAUGAUAAAGCUGGUGCCAUGUCCGGCUGUGUGCGCUGAAGCCUUCUCCCUGGUGUCCAAUCUGAACCCAUACAGCUAUGAUGAGAGCUGUGUGUCCAGCAGUGUGGACCACCUACCCCUGGCUGCCCUCCCCCUCCUUGCUAUCGUCUCACCACGCUACCAGGAUGCCGUAGCGACCGUCAUCGCCCGAGCGAACCAGGUCUACCACAGCUUCCUGCAGUCAGAGGAUGGCCAGGGAUUCUCGGGUCAGGUAUGCCUGAUGGGCGACUGUGUGGGAGGUGUGCUGUGCUUUGACGCUCUGUGCUUCAGCAACCACCAGAGGCCCGGCAGCCCCAACAACAGCAGCAGGAACAACAGCACUGAGAGCCUGAAGGAUAACUCGGGCCUGCUCGGGGAGUCCAGCCCGGGUCUGAGCUCUAGCAAGAGGCUGAGUAAAAGCAACAUCGACAUCUCUGCCCCCAACGAAGGGCACGGUCAGGGUGGGCAGCCACUCAGCCGGAAGCAGAGCGACUCGUAUGAUGGAGAUACAUCUGCUACUGGCCAGCACAGCUUUUUUUCCAGUUUGACCAAAGAAAAUGUAGAGCUGCGUGGCGGCAGGAGCACCAGUCUCGUGUUGAAUCCUGGCCGAUUCGACUUUGAAGUGUCAGACUGCUUCCUGCUGGGCUGUCCGCUGGGCCUUGUGCUGGCCAUGAGACGCACAGUGCUACCUGCUGUCCAGGUGAGCCAACUCCACCCAGCCUGCUCUCAGAUUUUUAACCUGUUCUACCCCUCGGACCCUUCAGCCUCCAGGCUGGAGCCACUGCUGCAGCCUCUCUUCCACAAGUUGCCACCAUUUGCUGUGCCACGCUACCAGCGCUAUCCCCUAGGAGAUGGACGCUCAAUGCUCACAGCGGAAAGUAUCCAAGGCCAUCCAAAUGUAUUUUUGGAAGGUGAGCAAACUCAAGGAAGUUCAGCUUCUCAACAGUCCUCUGAGACACAGACUGAAGGAGGAGGAGGAGAAGAGGGAGGUCGCAGAGCCAGCAUGACCAGUGUGGAAAGUGAAACGUCAGUUUGCUCCAUGGGUCAGCUGGGCAACACCAUCGCAAACAUUUCCAGUAGCUGGUGGGGCUCCAAAAGGCUGGACUAUGCUCUGUACUGCCCUGAUGUGCUGACCGCCUUCCCAACAGUGGCUCUGCCUCACCUUUUUCAUGCCUCCUACUGGGAGUCCACGGACGUAGCAGCUUUUGUUCUCCGGCAGCUCAUGCGAUGUGACUGUGUGAAGACCCAGGAAGCGGGCAAUUUGGACUCGGCUCCAUUCUCUCCCUCCAGCCCACGAGAAAAAUGGCUCAGAAGGAGGACACAUGUCAAACUAAGGAAUGUCACAGCCAACCACAGGGUGAAUGAUGUCAUUGCCACAGAGGAUGGACCUCAAACUCUGGUUGGUCGCUUCAUGUAUGGCCCCUUGGACAUGGUCACUCUGACUGGAGAAAAGGUGGACAUUCUGCUGAUGACACAACCUCAGUCUGGCCGCUGGGUGCACUUUGACACAGAGGUGACCAGCAGCAACGGCAGAGUCACAUAUACCAUACCCAAGAGUAAGAUGCUCGGCCUGGGCGUCUAUCCGAUGAAAAUGGUGGUCAAGGGAGAUCAAACGAGUGCAGAGGCCUACCUGACUGUGUUGCCACGGGGCAUGGAGUGUGUGGUCUUCAGCAUCGAUGGCUCUUUUGCUGCCAGUGUGUCAAUCAUGGGCAGUGACCCCAAGGUCCGCCCUGGAGCUGUCGAUGUCGUCAGGCACUGGCAGGACCUGGGAUAUCUGAUUAUCUACAUUACAGGCCGCCCUGAUAUGCAGAAGCAGCGUGUGGUAUCUUGGCUCUCGCAGCACAAUUUUCCCCAUGGGAUGAUCUUCUUUUCUGAAGGCCUGGUUCAUGAUCCCCUGCGACAAAAGACCAUCUUCCUCAGGAACCUCAUACAGGAGUGUCACAUUAAGAUCAACUCUGCUUAUGGCUCAAUGAAGGACAUCUCUGUUUACAACAUGCUUGGCCUCAGCCCCUCACAGAUUUAUAUUGUUGGCAGACCUUCGAAGAAGUACCAAACUCAGUGUCAGUUCCUGAGUGAGGGCUAUGCAGCGCACCUGUCCACCCUUCAGUUUGGGCACAGAGCCAGACCCAAGAAAUCCCCUUCGGUUCGUAUGGUCCUAAGGAAAGGCUCGUUUGGUCUCUCAGCGAAGCCUGACUUCCUUUGUAAGCGCACCCACCUGCGCAGGACCAUGUCGGUGCAACAGCCCGACCCGCCGUGCACACCCAACCCAAAGCCUGAGCGAGCCCAGAGCCAGCCGGAGUCUGAUAAGGAUCAUGGGGGAGGAGGAGGAGGAGGCGGACAAGGUGCAUGGGGACGGGCCUCCAUACAUCGUGGAGACACGACUCCUUGACAUCAGAAAAAGGGAUGGAAGUAUUGCAGGAGGACAGAAGAAGAGGAGAACAAAGGAGUCUUAACGUCCAGAGCCAAGUGUCACCUCUACUUACUGUACAUGUACAUUGGAUCCUGUGCUGGUAUCCCUCACAACUCAGCUUUACCUCCUGCUUGGCCCUCUACACUUUGCCAACUUUCCGGCGUUUCUUCCUGACCUGCUCGUGGAUAAAGUCACUUAGUCUUCGUGCCUGAAAUUUUAAGAAGAUGCUGGGGAUAGCAAUGAUUUUUGCAAAUGUCUUUGUCAAGCUCAAAUUGUGUCCAAUUGUAAAUUAAGAUGAAUGUACUGAAAAUCGUAAAUACGUACAUAUUCAUGCACCCACAUGCUUCAGAGGAUGAAAAUCGUGAUGCCUGUGGUGACUUUGAACACGCUGAGACCUUGCCCCAGCUCGAGGAGCAGAUUACAAGAUGCUGCACCACACUCUGAUGCCGUUCAGACUCCUGUGCUGAUAGGUGGUCAUGUUGACUGACUCCUGCACUGAUGUAAAUACUCAACACACAUCAUCCCCCUGUGGGCCUCUGGACACAGAAUCACAGUGACAUUUAGGUUCAAUCUGUUCAUGAGCUCUGCGAUCUGGAGCCUACAUCAGCCGACCUCGCUGAACACUGGCCUCUGCCUCCAUUUCGCUCCCUCUGUUGGAAUGUCUCUCUCGCGAUGAGGCUGGCCUAUUACUCCUGCCCCUGCCCCCCCACCUUCCUUCCCCUCAACCAGUCAGGCAAAACAUGCCUUUCGACAGCCACCUCCAACCACAGCCGCUGAAGCACUGUGGUGUGCACGACUCGGUCCCCGGGGUCGCAUUUGCACUAUCGAAGUACACCAUAGUUGUUCUCAAUUUAACUGUGGUACUAGCUUCAGAAACAAAGAGUUGUAUUUGUAUUUUAUUGCACUUGUAGUUUUUGUUUUUCCUGCAGAUUGUGCACUGUCACUAUCUGUUGCUUACUGUAACUACUGGAGGAAUUAAACUCGAAUAGUUUGUAGGAAAGUGUUGAUUUGACCAAAAAAUGUUUACAGAUUGAUAGACACAGCUGUAAAAAGUAAUCAGCUCUAAUUUAUCUCAUAAUUCCAAUGACAGUUUAAUUAUCACUAUUGGCAACGUUAGUUUAGUUGCUUGGUGGUAACAGUAGCUUGCAGGAUGUUGUACAGUAGACCCCAUGCCACUUGAAAGUCCACCAGGAUGCUGUCGCAUCCAUUUAUUACAGCUGCACUGGAACCAAUAUAUUUGUGAUGAAAUCUGAUGCUGUCUUGUGCACUCAAGGUUGAAAUGAGUCUUACUGUGGCCAUGUUUAAAACUCUGUGCAAGUCAAACAUAUUUUUCUAUGAGGAAAUACUGUAAAUAGAAAUAUUUUCAGUGUAUGUUUUUGAACCUUUUGUUGUUUGACUUGUUGGAUGGUUGAUUUUUUGCCUUAAAUUGUAUUUGAUGUUGUGUAGAGAUACAAAAUAAUUUUAUCUGUUUGACCAAAGUAAAGAGUUUAACUGUUACAUCAUGAAAAAGUGCAUUUUAUCUAGAUAUUUUGCUUUGACAUGUUUUAGAAACUGUAUAUGUGUGUGCGUGUGUGUGUGUGGGUGUCUAGCUGUUUGUUGUGGAGUUGUAUUUGCUGUGAAUGUGAAGACAGUGAUGACAAGUAAAGGCCUCUGCAGAGGAAUCAGUUGACACAGGGAGGCCAGUGUUAACAUACAGUACCUGCACGUUCUCACUGCAGCUCACUACUUUUCAGAACUGAGCGUUCAUUUUUAUAGGUUUGGAUUGAAGCAGUGUGUCAGAGGAUUGCUUGGUUGAGGUUUUUCUACCUGCUAUGAAAGAAAAGGGGCGUAUGAGUUCUUAGGGUGUCCUAGUUAAAGGACCAGUGUGAGGGAUUUGAUUGCAGAUUCCAGCCAGCUGAAUACCCCUUCCCUCACCUGUUCCUUUCCAAGCGUGUGGGAGAACCUACAGUGGCCUUCAGUUAACGUAAAAAUGUGAAAAGCCCUCUCUGGAGCCAGUGUUUGGUUUUUCCAGUCUGGGCUACUGUGGAAACAUGGCAGAGCAACAUAGCGGGCUCCGUGGAAGAGGACCCGCUCCCUAUGUAUAUAUGAAGGACUCAUUCAAAGAUAACAAUAACACGACGAUUCUUAGUUUCAGGUGAUUACACACUAAUGAAAACACACUUAUGAAUGUUAUAUACCAUUUCUGCCAAUAGAUCCCUCUAAAUCCUACACACUAGUCCUUUAACUGUAAACCUCCAUAGCAGACUGGCACAUACAAGCCAGGAAGAAGCUAUCUUUGGCUCUUUUUCUUUCACCUCCUGUACAUCAUAGGUGAUCCAGUAAUUAGCUAUUUGAAUACUACUAACUAGGUAUGACUCCCCUGUAGUGCUAGCCCUGUAAUUGUUGCAUUGCUUGUUAAUUGUAUAAAGACAAUACCAAUAUACGUAACUUAAUUUUUUUUUAAUUGUUAAAAAAGAAACAUUGUUACCCAAGCAACUAAUAAUCAUUUCCAUCAAUGUACACACAAUAAUCAAAGUGACUCCAUCAGUCUAACACAUAGGGAUAUUUUCCUACCAUGAUGAUACAUUGGAGGAGUGAAUUUUAAGCUGGGCAGCAUUUUAGUACACCAAUGUUAGUAAAUGGCAAAUAAUGAUCUAAUGGUCAAAUGAUGAUUUUUCUGUGCAUGUUAAUGAUUUGAUAUUGUUGAGUAAUGGCUAUCAAUUGUCAUGUUUGUGAUACUCUUAACUGAUAAUAGAGUAGUUAUUUGUACAUGGUGACUAAUUAUUCAUGAAAAUAAAUUAAACCACCACAUGCUGAGUAUAAUGAAAAUCUGUACUUAAAUUUAUGAUACAUAGCUGAUUUUUUUUCAGCAGUAAAAACAGUCUGUAACUGUAGGCCAUAGCAUAUGGUUUACAUCAUUUUUAUACUUAUUAAACCAUUCAGUGACCCCCUCGUGUCCUAUGGAUGGGGGCUCUGUCAUCCUAGGAGGAAACCAUUCCCAUCAGGAAAGAAAUGUUUCAUCAUAGGAUAAAGGUGAUCACUCAGAGCAACUUUGUAUUGUUUUGCAGUGACCCUUCCCUCUAUUGGGACAUGUGGACCCAAACCAUACCAGCAAAAGGCCCCCAAAGGCGUAGCAGAGCCACCGGAUCCCCUCACUGUGGGGAUCGAGCAUUCAGGCCCGUAUUGUUCUGUUGGUGUGCGCCACACAUGCGCUCUUCCACUUGUCAAGAAUAUGGUGAAGGAUGACUCAUCUGACCAGAUCACGUUUUUCCACAUCUCUUUAGACCAGUGCCUAUGGUUAUUACACCAUUGAACUCUCAGAUGUGCACUACUGACCCAUGAGCGCAAGGUCCUGCUUUCCCUCCGCAUGUACACCUCUCUCUGCAUCUCAUUCAAUUGACCACAUGGCGGCUGACACAGUCGUGAAUGAGCUUCUAACUUUAUCUCUGACUGAUCAUUUUACAAGUUAGAAGACGGCGCUGUUAUAAAAUCAGGAUUUUAGCAGCGCAGCGCAGCAGCUUGGAGAUGGCUUGGAAUCGACUGCUGGUUAACAUGUAGUCUUAAUGGGCCGAGUUUUAGCCACUGUUACAUACUUGUUCCGUCGUAAAUGAGAACAGCUUUAUUGGGAAUUAGGCUGGAUUAAAAUACUGUAUAUGUGAGCACAGAGAGUCGGAGAGAAGCAAACAGAUAAAGGGCUGAAAACCAGCCGACACUAGGCAGAAUGCAAAUACGACACGCUGGCAUCAAGAAUAUGCUAGUUAGCGUAUUACGUCAUCUAGAGACAUUUGGCGACUUUUCCAGCAGGCUUUAACUGCUUUCCACUGAAAGUAAUCGUUUACAGCUGUUCCAUAACAGUUUUCAACUAUGUCCUCAAUUUCGCUCACUAACCAUGCGCGUUAAUAAUUGCUUAAUUGUAGCAUGCAGUGCACCUGUGUGAAAGCAUCUAGAUUUAUCAUAUUUCUCCACUCAUUUAUUCAGGUUUUUACUUUAAUAUGUCACCCUUCUGUAAAUCAUAUGAAUUCCAUCUUCAUUUUAUUCUUAGAUAAUAGAAGUAAAUAAUCCUUUAUAAUAGAAUAACAGCAGGAUAUAUUAUAUAAUGUAGAAUUAUUUUAUUUACCGAGAGUUUAAAGUGUUACACAAUUAUUGUCUUCAAAUAAAUAUGAAUGACCUCUUACUAAGUACUAAUUAAUGUUGUCAGAUAAUUAGUAUUCACCAAAUCAUGACUUAACUGUUGGGUAUUGACCUAAUUUGCCAUUCAUUAACAAUUCUUAUGACUUAAAAAUUAAGCUUAUGAAAGUUUACUUACAUGAUGUGACAGAUUCUUUGAAAAUUGUUGAUUUUAUUCAUUGUUGUGGUCUUAUUUUUGGUCUUAUGGGUAUCUGACACUGGUCUUUUGAACAUAUGGAGAAAAAAAACCUUGUUUCACUGCUGCACAGUUUAUUGUUUUGCACAUAUCUCCUGUGAUGAUGAACAUGUUAUGGUGUUUAUUAAACUCAGUCCACCUUUCAUUAUUGCAUA